AUAAUCGACAGCACUGGCAAAGUGGUGUGUCACUUUUCGUUUUACUGGGUACAGGUUUUGUUUUCGUUCCGUUCUGCCAGGACCAGAGCUGAAGCUGUAGCCGGUUACGAAGCAAACGCAAGAGUGACUGGCGAUGGCGUAGACUAUCGUGUUCGCUACUUGUUACAGUGUAGCUGAGUAUUCACCGUGCGAAGGCUGAAUGUUACUUCGCUGCGUCGCCCUAUGCUGAACACGGUGAAGUGAACUCCGCAGCUCCAGUGCUAGUAGUAGUAGUAGUGUUCUGACACAGUUUUUCUUCACCGACGCUAGCACGCUGCAUAUUUUGUUGUGUGGCGGUGUCAGCUGGACAGGACUGCUUUGCCAUGAGGACGUUGUUAUCCAUCAUUUAUGGAGCGCUGCUCAUCUGCUUGCUGCUGGACUUCGUUCGUCUUCAGUCGUCGGACCAGUUUGGGACGUGCUCAAUAUUCACAUCUAAAUGCGCCAAUGGCCAAUGCAUACCUCUCAAUGGAAUAUGCGACAAUGUAACUCACUGCAUGGAUGGCUCGGAUGAAGCGAAUUGCAGCAGCACAUCACCUCAGUGUCAGCUGCACAACGAGCAGCAGUGUGCCGAUGGUACCCAGUGUUACAACGUCAUCGAGAGAUGCGACAACUUCACUGACUGCGACGAUGGCUCCGACGAGUGGAACUGCACAUAUAACUGUGAUGGCGUUGAGGCUGUCCAGUGCCCGGAUGGAACGUGCAUUCCCCACGCAUACGUGUGUGACAACUAUGAGGACUGCCAAGUCAGCUACGUUUCACCGUUCGUAUUUCGCCUAUCAGCAGACGAAGCCAACUGCCCUGUUCCAAGCAAUGACAGGUGUAGUGAUGGUGAACUGAAGUGUUUUGGAACGUCACGCUGCAUACGCACUGCAUGGCUUUGUGAUGGAGAAGUCGAUUGCGAACGGAACGGUGACGAAUCACAGAGUCUUUGCUUUUUUCGGUGCAAUUCUUCGGAGUUUCGCUGCAUCAACGCCCCGCUGUGUAUAGCUGAUGCACUAACUUGUGACGGCAAAGCUGAUUGCCCUGAUGGCAGCGAUGAAGCUCUUGCAUCCUGCGGUCACCGCUGCUCCCCAGAUACGUACAGGUGCGCAGGUGGUCAGCAGUGCAUAGACGAGAGAUUGGUGUGCAAUGGCUUCACAGACUGCAGCGAUGGUUCUGACGAGGCAAAUGCACUUGGAAACUACACUGUCUGCUUGAACCGUUUCCAGCAGAACGAGUCAUCCCUUGCCACUGAUUGUACCGGCAACAUGGUGUGUAAGGCCAGUACUGGACCAAGCUGUCCUGCGGGAUACACACUCAACAACGUACUCUCUGGUGCCAUCUGUGUUGAUCAGGAUGAGUGUAGUGAGCCCGGUGCGUGCAGCCAGGCGUGUGUCAACCAAGCAGGCAACUUCUCCUGUAGCUGUUCCACGGGGUACACGUUGGAGAAUGGCACGAUAUGUGUACCCUCAGCUCCGGGGGUAGCACUCUUGGUUGCUAAUGAGGUGGAUAUCCGCGUCAUUGAAGGUGGUGUUGACACAAUUGUGGUUCCGAAGCGCCGCAGUGCCGUGGCCGUGGACUACCACUAUACACAGGAUAUGCUCUUCUGGGUGGACUCUGUUACUAGUGGCAUCUUUGCUUCAGAUCUGCAGGGUGGAGAUGCUCGACAGAUUGUGGAUGCCCUGCUGUCGAAACCUGAGGGCAUUGCAGUUGAUUGGGUGCACGAUCGCAUCUACUGGACGGAGACCACCAAGGGACUGAUUGAGACGUCCCUGCUGGAUGGCAGUCAGCGCACUACAUUACUUGGCUCACAGCUGUACAAGCCUGUGUCCCUAGCUAUUGAUCCAUGUAGCCACCAUCUGUACUGGACGGAUGUCAGCAAUGUUCCCCGCAUAGAACGCUGUGAUUUGGACGGCUCUCGGCGUGUUGUCAUCCAUGGAGACAACUUAUACUGGCCCACUGGCUUGACCCUGGACUUGGAAAACCGGCUCAUGUAUUUCUCAGACAAUAAGCUGCAUACCAUUGAGGUAUCCAGCCUGGAUGGAAGUCAUCGUAGGUUCCUGGUGACUGCGGGACUGCGUCACCCGUUUUCCUUGUCUCAAUUUGCCGGCAAUGUGUAUUGGAGCGAUGUGCGGCGUCAGACAUUGUCCGCAACCAAUCAGUUUGUGUCCAACUCCGUCGAGACGAUCUCAAUCCGCUUGCACCUGCCUACUGAUGUUAAAGUGCUUCAUCCGCUCAGGCAGAAGACAUGCUUUAAUGAAACAGCCCACCCAUGCGUCAGGCAAUGUGCGUACACCUGCAUAAGUACGUCAGACGAGCUGGGCACAUGUGCUUGCCCCCCUGGUCGUCGUCUUCUGGCAGACAAUAUCACGUGUGAAGGAGAUCCGCAGACCUCCGUUGUGUUCACGGCGAGCGAUGGCAUGCGGCGUCUGUCGUUGGACUCACCUUCCACUUCCAGCGUGCGCUCUGAAACACCAGUGGUGACAUUUAGCUCUGGUCUGCACAACAUUCGCUUUGCAGAUGUGUUUGUUUCCAGUACACCAGGCCUGGGCUAUAUCUUCAUGGUAGAUGAUACACUGAAUAGAGUGUUCCGCAGCAAUCUGGACGGAUCUAACCUCACAGAAAUCAUUUCCAGUGGGCUUGGCAAGCCGGCAGGGGUAGCGGUUGAUUACCUCAACGAGAACUUAUAUUUUGCUGAUGAGGCUUUGGGUCGUCUGUACAUGACCGACUUCGACGGUACGAGGACACGGAUGUGGAGCAACUUUCUCAGGCCGCGCAGUUUGGCCAUCUGGCCCGAGCGAAAGCGUAUCUUCGUCACAGAUACCCUUCAGCCCCGAUUGCAGUCGUUUAACCUGCUUGCUCAGGAUCUGCGCAUUGUUAAGACGUUUGAUUUCGACUUACCCCGGCUGAUCUCACUGGACAAAGAAAACUCAUUUCUGUACUGUUUCACCUACGGCUUUGAGUUCCCAGGUGUUUGGCGUGUGCACGUGGACAGUGGCGCAACUGAGAGAUUUGCUCCGUUGGACUUUCGCAGUCUAAGGAGUAGAAGAGGUCUUGCUGCACUUGGCGGUGUCAUCUACUAUACCAAUCAAUUCCUCUCUUCUAUCUACUCUAUGAACACGUCAAACAGUAGUGGUUCAUCAUCAAAUCUACCAAGUCAGCGACUGUUGUCAGACGUGAACUCCAUUGGCGAUAUUCUGCUCUACCCCAGCCCAGUGAACAGCAGCAGUGGCUGUCUGCAGGACAAUGGUGGAUGCCCGGAGAACACGAUGUGCACUCUUGUCGACUUGGUCAUCUCUGGACAGCAGUUCGACAACCUUCCCUACUGCGUGUGCCCGGAGAAUGCGGUCGAUUGCCAAGAGGAUGUAAAUGAGUGCGCAGUACUGUCUGCGUGCGGGCCAGACCAGAACUGCACCAACACGGUGGGUAGUUUCACGUGCUCCGGUCAGAUGAACGAGUGCCAGUCGGCCUUUCCACCGUGCCCCGUUCACCAGCUCUGCAUCGAGACACCUCGACACUUCUACUGCAGCAACUGCUCAGCAACUGAGUUUGUGUGCCACGCUCACGGUGAUUGCGUGAGCAGACAUCUUGUCUGUGAUGGCAGGAAGGACUGUAUGGACGGGUCGGACGAGCUGCGUUGUGAUGGUGGUUGUCCGCUGAACGAUUUCAAGUGCACUGAUGGUGAAUGCAUCCCUCUGGACUUUCGAUGUGAUCGUUUUAUCGACUGUUCAGACCGCAGUGACGAGAUUGGCUGUACAGAUCGUUCAUGCUUGGCACCGAGUGAGUAUACUUGUGCUAACGGGGAUUGCUACGCAGCCACUGACCACUGCGAUCGCGUCUCGGACUGCACUGAUGGCUCUGACGAGUGGAACUGCACAUACGGCUGCAACGGCACUGAAAGUUUUCGGUGCAAAUUCGGUGGCAGUUGCAUUCCACCCGUAUGGGUCUGUGAUGGACUCCAUGACUGCUUAGACUCGUCCGACGAAGAGAACUGCGGAAGCUCUACCGAUGGUGUGCACUGCAUUGCGGGAGAAAUGCUGUGUGAACGCCGUCGAAUGUGUAUCCGCUCUACUUGGUUUUGCGAUCAGGACGUGGACUGUGCGUUUGCUGGCGACGAGGAACCAAACUGUUUAGCUAGCUGUGACUUGGCGACACAGUUCAAGUGCAUCAACAGCGACACCUGUGUGCCACGUGCCAUGGUCUGUGAUGGCAUUGCACAGUGUGUGGACGGUAGUGAUGAAGCUUUGCCAUCAUGUCAGUCUUGCGCUGGUGGCAAUGAGGAGUACGGGUGUGCUGCCAAUCACCGGUGCAUUGCAUCAGGCAAGCACUGUGAUGGCGUCAACGACUGCGGUGACUGGAGUGACGAAACCGACACAGUGUGCCCUGCACCCAUAGCUUCACCAUGCUUGCUGCUAAGACCGAAUGCGCUCGUAUGUGGCGUGAACUGCUUCAACUUCUCAGCCACAUGUUGCCCAGAGGGCUAUGAGAGAAAGGAGAAUGGCUUCUGUUAUGAUAUUGACGAAUGUUCGUCAUCUCUCCGGCCGUGUAAUCAGCGCUGUGUCAACACCCCAGGCAGUUACACGUGCUCGUGUGCACAAGGAUACACGCUGCUCAACGGCACGGAGUGCAGACCCUCUGACCAGAGUGUGCAGCCGUCACUGCUAGUUGCCAACACCAUUGACAUCAUCCAGUACAGCCUUGCCAAUGUGCGCGCCAAGCCGCUGGUUGCCAAUCAGCGAUUCCUGACCUCGGUGGACUAUCACUGGGCACACGACUAUCUGUUCUGGACGGACUCAGUCAGUGGCUCUAUCUAUCGCUCCGAUCUCGCUGGUGUACAUACCCAGGUUAUCAUUCACACGCAGCUCAGCCGUCCAAGCAUGCUAGCUGUGGACUGGAUACAUGACAAUCUGUACUGGACGGAUGCACUGCAGGGUCGUAUUGAGUCGUCCGAUCUUGACGGCAACCGCAUCAUUGUUCUGUUCAGUGAUGUUCGCUUCAAGCCGCAAGCUAUUGCAGUUGCUCCUUGUCACGAGUACUUGUUCUGGACAGACUUUGGCGAUGUUCCCAGAAUCGAGCGUAGCUACCUUGACGGCACAUCGCGUCGUGCCAUUCACACAUCCCGUCUUUACUGGCCCUCUGCUCUUACUCUGGAUCUAGAGAAUGAGCUGGUGUACUGGUCGGACAACAAGCUACACACUAUUGAAUACUCUCGGUUCGACGGCAGUGGCCGCACGCUGCUCUUGUCUCUGGAUGUACAGCAUCCGUUUGCGAUGACUGUAUUCAAUGGCUACCUGUACUGGGCCGAUGCCCAUAGCCAAUCUGUCCUCGCUCAUGAUCAGUGGUCCUCCAGCCGACGGCCUCAUGUAAUAUCUUCCGGUCUGCACGUGCCAUCCGACAUCAGACUCUUGCACCCGCUACGUCAAAUCCAGUGUCCUGCCAGUGACCACGCUCACUGCAACUUGAACUGCUCAUACCGCUGUCUACCUUCCAAUGAGGAUGCAACGCCACCUUUCUCGUGCUUCUGUGGCCCACAGCAAACCCACAUACCCAAGAAGACCGCACUGCAGAACAGCACAGAUCAAUGUGUGGAGGAGCUGCCUACGCUGGUACUGUCGACGACCAACAGUGGCCUGCGGCGUGUCUCUCCGACUAGUCACGCAUCAGAGAUCCUUGCUGGUGGUCUGCGGCCAGUGUUCAUGGCCUCGGCAGUCUUUGGCGGUGAUCCAUCUACAACGGAGAUCUACUUUACUAACCUCAGUGGCUUCAUCUUGAAGAUGCAGUUGCUGGGAGGAACUCCUGUCCUUGUUCGGAAUUACAUACUCACUGGCCUCCUCAGUAUUGCUGUAGACUGGACGACGGGUCAUAUCUUCGUUGCUGAAUACGUAGGCGGCAGACAGUUUAUAAACCUAUUCCAUCCAGACCUCGGGCGAACACGCGUGCUCAUCACCUUUUUUGGUCGUAUACAAGAUAUCAUUAUUUGGCCACAGCGUGGGCGCAUCUUCUGGACUGAUCAGCUCAGAGAUGGAAUUUUUAGCGCUAACAUGGAUGGCAGCGAUGUACAGCAGAUCCUUCGUACAAAUAAUCCCGUUGCUCUAGUCUUGGACUAUGACCUGGAGAGGUUUGUCUGGUCACGGCCCGCUCCACAGGAUACCAUUCAGAGUGCUAGCAUCCAAGGCACCGCAUUCACGACUCAUCUCAACACAUCCCACUUUGUGUUUGGAAUGACAUUGCUGGGCAACGAUUUGAUCUGGACGAAUAAAUUUGACGAAACCGUCAGUCGCUUGUCGCUCUCGAAUGCCUCUGAUCAUCAGAUCAUCCAGCGUGCAACGGGAGAGCCGUUGUUGGUUCUCGCUGCGCCCUCUCCUUAUCAGCUAGCUAAUGCACGGAGUGUGUGUAGUGAUUUCCCUUGUCCGAAUGCUAACAUGUCAUGCGUACCGCGAGCAGUUUCAAACGCACAUGGAGAGACGCUGACGCAGCCAGUGUGCCUCUGCAUUGGGGCGUGUAACUUCACCUAUCAGGGCUGUAUCGAUGCCAAUGGGCUAUGUAAUGAUACCUCGGUCUGUACAGAAACAGUAGAUGUGCGUAGCUCGGCCAUCGUGGAUCUGGCCUGCCAGUGUGUUCUUUCUGCUCGCCCUUCAUUCAACAUUUCGCCCCGGCAGGACUGUGUGAAUGAGACACAAUGUUCAUUGUCUGAUCGGUGCUUACAAAGUACCCCGUGUAGCAAUGACUCCGGGAUCAAGUGUACUGGUGGAUCUGAAUGUAGGCAGGUCUCCUCUCUCAGCAUAUCCAACACUGGUAGUAGCAAUUUGACGGUGAUCAGAAGAAUUUGUACUUGUCCACCCGGCUACAGCUACGAUAGCAACGCUGGCUAUUGUCUCGAUGCCAGCUCAUGCCCGCCAUGUGGCCAGAAUACUGUGUGUGUGCAGGGGCCUAGUCCUCCGAUGCAAUGCCAGUGCCUUUCAGGAUACUACGAUGCUCCAUGUGAUUCAACACACCCGUGCAGCAACCGCACCAUUCUCAACUGUGUCAGGACCUCAUCAACUAGUGAGCCGUCCAGUCUCUCCGUGACAUCAGGGUUUCCAACCCGGGGUCAAAUUGAUGGGCCCAGUGCUGCUGCUCCCAUUAAAGCAGGAUCAGUUGGCUUGGCUGUGGGAAUCCCUUUAGGUGUAUUCCUGUUAGCCUUCCUGCUCAUCUUGAUUGUGUACAUGUACCGAAGGAGACGGCUGAACGCACAUUUUCUACACAAUCGCAUGCCCAGGGAGCAUGGCACCGGAGAUGCAGCAGAACAAGAUCUUGUAGCAAACGAGCUGGUUCCAGAGCCAAAGACUAGCAUGUCCAGCAGCCCCGUAGUAGUAGGUGCGUCACUGCUAAGCAUGGACAAUCCCAUGUAUGACAGUCGUGCUGAUGAUGAUGCUGCACCUCUAGCUGCCAAUGAAGUCUUGCCCACUCUCGAUGGUGACUCUGUCUCUCCUGUCCAUGCAUCUGCGCCUCCUGCCUCUGCCGCUGCUGAUUCUCCUGCUGUGGCCACUGGAUAAGCAGCAUCACUAGCCAGCAACACCACUACUACUUCACAGGCCUGGCGCGCACAGUGUACGCUGCUGCUGCUGCCUUCACCUAUGAUAAACAUCCAAAGUUCCGAACAUAGGAGCACGUUACACGUGCGUGCUGCGUGCUUAUUGACUCCUGUACGGUGUGCACCGCUCGCACACACUAUAGAACCAUGCUGCUGCUUUGCGUAUUGCUAACAGAUGUGUAGCUUCUCCAGUCACAUGAUCUUGUAACAUUUAAUUAUACUCUCGUACAUGUCUUUAUGAACCAAAACUUAUUUCUGGUCAUUGAACCAAUAGAUAAUGUGAAUGUUUCUGACUGCCUUUCUGACUACCUCAUAGCAUUGGAACUGUAUUCUCUGUAUGAGCUAUUGCGAUCUCAGUAUUUUUCUGGUUGUGGAUUUAAUUUCCAUAAUGUACUUCGAAGUAGAUUAUAUUCUAUCUAGUGUUCCUUCAUUUUGCAUUGAGAGUGCUGCUGGUCAUUGUUUGCGUGCUUUGAGUAGUAGUUGAGCUGGUUGUAAUCAGCCUCGCCUCCUGUUUGGUAUUUAUAAUUUCACUAUGGUCAGCAUGGAAUGUGUACAUGCUGCUGCUGCACGUACGUGUCACAAUGAAUAUGUCCUCCCCAAAUAUGAUUUGAUUUGACCAUUCUAUCCAUCAGCAAAUUUGUCUCCUCCUUUUUUUCCGUUUGCUGUUAUUGCUAUCAAAUAAUUACCGUUGUACGGUUGAA